AUGGCAAAUAACCUCAAGCACCCAUUCGAAGAUCCACCAUCAUCCCCAUCUUCAAGCGCCAGCGAGGACCAGAAUCUGCAGACCAUCUUUUCUUCAGAAGAAGACGAACCCGAAGAUCCUCCACCGAGAUCUGGUUCCAAAAAGGAUGUAUGUGGUUCCAGCGAGUCUCAGCUGACAGGGAAGAAGCGUCUCUCAUCCAACGCGAGCUCGAAUGUAGCCAAGAGAAUUUGUACACGAGGUGGGAAGAUGGGAACUGACAAGAGACUGUUUAGUGAGAAAGAUGAGAUUGUUUUGCUACAAGGUAUAAUUGAUUCCAAGGGGAAGAAUCCAUUAAAAAAUAAGCGCAGUUUCUACCAAUCCAUGAAGGGCUCUUUUAGCUUUGAUGUUACUUUGAGACAGUUCAGCGACAAGAUUCGUCAUAUGCAAAAACUAUAUACAAGGAAUGAGAUGAGGGGUGAACAACAGGCUUCUGUUUUGAAUCCUCAUCAACAAAAGUGUUUUCAGUUGUCAAAGGCUAUUUGGGGAGCUGAUGGGAUAGCUUUUGAAUCUGCCAUUAGUUCUAACAGCAAAUCAGAGGAGAGUGAGAGGAGGAGAGUGACAAAGAAGCGUGACUUUGUCACUUCACGUAAGGGUAAGAAUGUUCAAGAAGCUAUUAAAAGAGGAGAUAUGGAGAAGUCACCAUAUGUUGAGAUAGAAUCUGAUUGGGAUGAAAGUUCUUUCUUUCUUGGUAUGGAUUUUCUUAAAGAAAAAUGGACCAAGGUGCCCCCCACUGAGACUAAGAAGAAAACACAAGAGAAGAUGAAGAAGUUGCAUGCUAAUGAACUUGAAUGUCAAAAAUUUGAAGAGAUGCUGAAGGUUAUGAAAGAUAAAUGUGCACAUGACAAGGUAGAGCUCUUGAAUGAGGUUACCUCUUUGAUCAUGGCAGCAGAUUAG